UGUUGAUUGUUGAUUGUUGAUUUUUAGUUUUUGGAUUGUUGAUUCUUGCCUCGCUGAAUUGUUGGAUUCGUUGGUGAGUUCAAGCAUUUUUUAUCAUUCAUCUGUAUGUUUUUUUUUCGAAAAUAAGAAGUUAUUAUAUUAAACUUGACUAUCUAUUCUAGUUGUACUUGUACAGAAUCAACUGAUAAUGGAUAGAACCAUCAAAUUUUGUCACAUAACUGGGGUGACAGGGUCUGUGAACACUGCUGACAGGCCUUUAAUUCGGAAAGAGUUUGAACAGUUUGGAAAAACUAGGAAAAUAUAUAUAGCUGACACCUUCUCAAAGGUCUAUUUUGAAAAUCAAGGGAGUUGUGAACUAGCUGUACAAGGUUUGAAAUAUAACGACUAUGGUUGGAUAGUUGAAUUAGGGGAAGAACAGUCAUAUCAAAAGUCUGGAAAUCAGUUUAGUCAGGCAAAUUCAACAUUCAAAGAGAGGAGAGAAGAAGAGAAGACCAAUAUGGAUGACUAUCUUGAUGAAGACUUCUUGGAAAAUCAUGAAUACUGUGACAUUCAUGGAAAUCUCCUCACUACAGUUGAGGGAGAAUAUUCUAAUGAUUUGUAUAUUAAACUCAAAGACAUCAGACGCGCUGGGUUUGCUGUAUUCAGAAGAGAUACAUUUGACCGCCUUAUAGUUAAUAAAAAUCAACUUCUCAAAGAAUUCGAUCUACAUUUAUUGUCGGAGGCAAAAAACUAUCUAUUGAAAAAUAAGGUUGGUGAAAUUGAUGAGGAACAAAUUCUGAGGACCAUAGAAAGAUGUAAGACCAAGCUUCUGGGAGACCAAUCUACAUCGAGCAGGUCUCAUAACAUUUCCAUGGGAAGACAAGUAACCAAUACUGAUAAUAACCUGACGAUCUCGAAGAACGUGCCGAAAGGCGGUUACGAGUCCUUCGAUUCUUCCGAAAAUGUUGCACCCCAAAGACCUCCCAAGACCUUGCCCAAUAAUUUUGUUCCAUCGCAUAGAAACAACAGUCAAAGGUCUUUCCAGGGACCCAGAGACAAUGAUAGGGAGACUAACGGUUUCGGCGGUAACAGAGACCAUCAUCCGAACCAGAACAGACCUCACAACGCCAAUUACAGGAGCAAGAGUAGAACCCGAGACGAGGCGGCUCAGUAUAGCGACAACUCUGAUAGACAACGUGGCAACGCUGGAUUCAGAAACGGGAACAGGACACGCGAUGAGGGCACCCAGUUCAGUGAUGGUUCCAAUCACAGUGGACGCGGGUUCAACUCCAGAGACCGUAACGCUCAUUUGGGCAGCAACUCCGACAUGUCCCAACGCUCCAUGUCUAGAGAAGGCGGUUCGCAUUUCGGCCAAAACGCCGACAACAAAAGGAAGGACUCGCACCAUUCCAGGGACAAUCUCAACCGGCCAGAGAAAUCGAGCGAGCCGGCGGAGAGGAAGCAAAGGAUGGAGUUCGAGGUCGACGAGCAGCUCAAAAGGAUCGAUUUGCAGGUCGGGGAUUACCAUGAUGUUACAGUGUGUUACUUGGAGAGGGAUCAUGGCAAGAACAACAUUUGCUGGGUGCACAAACAGGAUGUGACCAGCGAUCUCGAAGACGUUAUCUUGAAACUGUUGGAUGCAGGACCAAAAUGCGACUUGGUAACUGACCCCAUGACAGGGCAACUAUGUGUAGCUCUCUUCGAGGAUGCUUGGUAUCGUUGUAAACUGAUGAGGAAAGAUCCUCUGCAUGUUCAGUUUUUGGAUUAUGGAAAUAAGAGUAUAGUUGAUUCGGUGAGAGUCCUUCCGGAGGAGUUCAGGGAAAUACCAUCUCUGGCCUUGAGAUUAGUGUGCAAUGGCGGUCCCGUUUUGGAAGAUGAAAUGGAUUUGAGAGUUAGAAUAAAAAAUAAGUACGAUGAUGGCACUUAUUUGGUGGAUAGCGAAGCACAGUCAUUGAGGCCCUGCAGGCAGCAACACCAGCAGACCAAAGCAGCGGAGGCCCCAACGGAGGCUCCAAAAGAAGCAAAGAAAGAGAUCCCAAAAGAGGAGCCAAAGGUGGAGCGAAAAGAGGAGGCGAUAGAAAAACCUGCCAAGAAGAUAGAGGAGAAGAAGGUGACGGAAAAAGCGUAUUUCGACGUUCCGAAGCCGUUGGCAACGCUUAAAAAUGGCGACGUGAUCAUGGUUUGCGGUAUCAUCGAUAACAAGUUUGCUGUCAAGACUAGGGAGUGUGCGACGAAGACGUUGGAGGUGGUCAAUUAUAUUAAGUCUCUCGAUAAAUCAAGUCUCUUACUAUCCGAUGUGAAAAAGGGCCGCAUGGUGCUGUGCAGCAUCGACGGCCUCCCUAACCUGCACAGGGCGAUCGUCACCGACGAACCCAGAGACGGCGUCGUUUCCGUCAGGUAUCUGGAUUACAUGGGCGAGAACCAGAUGACGGUGAAGUCGCUGAGGAACGUGGACGACUUCUUGGCGUCUCAUCCACUGUGUAUGCUCACGACGCCCGAAUGCCAGCUGCUGGAGGACCUGAGCCCAAAGGCGGCCGAAUGUAUUGCUCAGUUGGUGGAGAAGAAGACCAAGGUCAAGAUGGUACUGACCGAAGACGACGACUUCUUCGACAUCCAAAUGGACGACGGCUCCCUGCUGCUGCAGACCAUCAGCAACCUCGGCUCGAAGCCCGAGAAGGCCGAGCAGCCGGCGAGCGACAUCAGGCUGGUGCCGGUCAAGCAGCCCAAUCGCGCGUCCGAACCGGCCGCUGCUCCGGCGAAAGCGGAGCCGGCAAAAGCGCCUGCCAAAGUCGAAUCGGUCAGCGCGCCUGCGAAGACUCCGGUGAAAGAAGUGGUGGACGAAUCUCCUGUCAUGUACGACCACAUGGACUGGAUCAAGGCGGAGGUGGGAGCCACCGAGGAUUUCAUGUGCUACACCAUCAAGGACGUGGAGAACGUGACGCUCAUCUCGCUCACCGACGAGUCGCUCAAGUACCUGGAGGCGGUCACCGAUCUGGUGGUGGAGGACGACGCCGCCUACGAGCCGGGCAUGUUCGAGAUGUGCAUGGUGGCGUACAAGGGGCCCGACGACGAGGAAGCUGCAUGGUAUAGAGGCGCAGUUUUGGAAAAAGAUGAAGAUCAGAUCACUGUGAAUUCUGUAGACUAUGGAACCAAUAUUGUGGUUACCAAAAAAGACAUCAGGAAAUUCAACAAGAAGUAUAAGGAUGUUCCAAUUCUAGGAAUCACUUGUGAAUUUGUCAACAUUCCAGACAAUGAAAAAGUUCUGGAGAAGCUCAAGGAGUUGAUACCGGAAGGUGACCAGGUGAAAGUCGUCUUGAAGGACUUUGACGGUCUCAAGUAUCAAAUAGAAGUACCAGAGGUCUACAGCGCGUUGAAGAAGCAGGGUCUGAUAUGACGUGUGACGGAUGCUGUUUUUUUAUAGCUUUUAUUAUUAUUUUUUUCAGUGAAAAAUGACUGGUCGAUCUGUGAAUCUCACAAUAGAUCUAUCAGAGUGUGAAUGGGCGAGAUGUUUCUUAAUUUGCCGACGUUUUCUGGAAAUGUUGAUUCUGAAAGAAAGGUCACUGUGAUAGUUUUGUUGAGAAAGGUUGUUUUUGUUUAUGUUUCCUGGUCUAUUGUGCUAUAUCACAGAUCCAUACUACCCUAUGAACAUUGAAUGACCUGUUUUUUUCUGAGAAUGUCAUGUACUUAUAUCAAAGAAAUAUUUUUUGGUGUUGGUUAAAGUUUUUACGAAGGUUAUACGGAUAAUUGAACAAUGUUCAAGGGUAUAGCGCUUUAUUAUAUUUUUUAUGUUUUAUACGAAACAAACGACAGUUUUUAGUAAAGUGAGAUAGAUAAUUACUUGAUCACCUUAAGAGAAUGAUAGUCCUAUUUACAAUAAUAAAACAAGUAUUCUGUGCUCCGAUUUACAUACUACAUACUUAAAUAGAACAGAAAAUUUACAGAUGGUUUGAUGUUUCAGUUGUGUUUUCUGAAGAAAAGGUAUUGGAAUAAAUGGUGUGAGGUUUAAAAAAAAACUCUUUCAGGAGAACCCCGAUAUCAUUUUUGUUCUCCUAAAAAGUAAAUUUUGAACCAUGAAAGUAAUGGCUGACAAAUUGCAAUAAUGUAUGUUCUUGUCAAUUAAACUAUGGGUUGAAGAAAAUGAAAAUGGCGAAUCUCCUUCAGCUAGUGUUGGAAAUGCGUUGGAAAAUAACAUCUCACAUGUCAAUGUUAUGUCACUAAACAAAAAAAAAGUGCGUGUCCCUAACAUCAUGAAUACAUUAUUUAUAUAUUUCUUCCUUAUAGUCUUGAAAUUUAUCUGACCUUGUAAAACUUACAGAACAUGAAAAUUUAAACUGGCAAUUAUAGCUAAGUGCCAGUUCAAACUUGCAAUUUUAAAAAAAAGUUUCAUUUGUGUACAAUCGUUUCUGAUAGAAUUUCACACGAUUCUCUUUAUUCCCAGUGGGUUUAUUCGUAAAUUUUUGGUAAAUAUCAGUAGAUCAAGAUGGGAUUUUUAAUAAAUGUACAUAUCAUCCAACUCCAGUGACUUUGACCACUAUUUUAUUAUAUUUUCAAAUUAUCUUCCAACUCUCAAGUCUGUGUUUCACUCACGGACACUUCUUCCCCAGAGCAAUUUUAUUCAUAGAAAAUAGAAUAAAAAUGAAACAAACACCAAAAUAAAUAUAACAUUCUUUGAAAAACAUUCAAUUAUUACCCCUUCUAGAAAUUCAAACAUGUCUCAUGAGAUGUGCUCUCAUUAAAAUAUCUUCAUUAAUAAUUCUGAUGAAUUUUCCCAUUCUGAAUCAUAACGGUUUUUUUAUGUAUAAUGUUCACUCCUAUUGAAAUUACAUCUUCGACUCUGAUAAGCCAUCUUCCUUAUUGCUGUAUUCAAUUUUCAUUUUCAUCCAUUUUAUUUACUCUGGAAAGCUUUUUCAGAACGCCAUUAUUUCAAUUUGAAUCAAUAUAAUUUUCAGCUAUUAUGAUGAAUCGCUCAAAAUAUAGGCAGUUUAUUGAAAUUCAAUAUUCCCUUUCAAAAUAUUUCAUUCCUAUCUGUGAAAACCUAGUAAAUAUUCCAAAAUAAAGAUUCAUUUGGGGUUCUUGCAUAAUGGUCACUUUACUGUGAAAUUUUAGACAGAUUCCGUGGUGAUUUGCAUUUAAAAUUGUCUCUACACUAGGUUGAUUUCGUUUUACCACCGAUACUCAAAAUUAUCAACACAACUGAAUGAGAAUGAAAGUUUCCUUUUGAAGCUUCUAAUAUAAAACUAUAAAUUAUCCAGUUGUGUAUACAGCAACUGGUCAUAUUGAUGAUUAUUCAUACCGAUACAAAUUUGGUAAAGAUCGCACGACUGAUAGCUGAGAUAUAGAGGAGGGGCCCUUUGAAAUGAGACACGCUGUAGAUAGUUCAUAGUUUCCAAAUGGAAAUUUCUUCCUUGUGACACCACUCAAUACAUGAUUCAUGAUUUUUUUUUGGCCAUUGCAGAAGGCCUAAAAGUCUUCAACCUCUUUUCAUUUCCCUAAGAAAUAUUUGACGGUAGAUUUUUUUAGUGAAUAGUUACUGGUACAGAACAAUUAUAAUUAUUUUAAAUCAGGACGAUUCAAUUCUGACCUGCAUGUAAUACUAUUUUUUUGUUUUCAAAUUUCGUGUUAGAAAUGAAAUGUAUCAUCUAAGAUUUUUUAUUUUUUUAUAUAACGAGAGAAAUACAUAUUUUUGUGAAUAUUUUUCUUCCUGCCAAUAUUUAGAUUAUGUUAUAUAUAACUUUCAGGAUGACAUCAUUCUGUUGUUAAUUUUGUUUUAUAAGGUGACAAUUUGAAAAUUUUUACCCCACUAAUCUUUAGGACCAGAACCAGAUGACUGAAGACAUGAUAAUUCCACCUGUAAACUUUUCUCAUUCUCAUAAACAUUGAUUUCCACUUCAAUUCGAAAACAUUUCGAACCUAGCAUACGCCAAAUCUUUCUCCACAGAAAGAAAAAUUAACCUAAGAAUAAAAAUUUUUUCAUGGAACUUAAUAAACUCAAAUUUUUCAUAAAGAACAUAAUUUUUUACAAUGUGUAAGUUGUAAGUUUGUAUCAAUAUUUUCAUAAUCACGUGGUUAUCUCAAAGAAUGAAAUGGCUCUUGAACUCUUUAAUUUUGCAGCUAAAAUUGAACUUGAGCUGAAUUUUAUAGCUUAUGUAUUUCCUAUGAAGAUCGGGCGAUAAUUUUCAUAUUGUCACUCAUUUCAUUGAGAACUUUAAUUGAUUGUUUUUCAUUUUCAGUUCAUGUCCUAAUGUUUUAAGUUUGUAACAUAAUAAAUAUGCAUUAAAGAUUC